AUGCCUAUUGGUGAAUCGUAUACAUCGGCUGGAGUCAUUGGUGCAAGUAGACCAUCCAUCGACUCCAAUAUCUCCGAGAAUGUUACGAAAGGUAAACAACGUGAAGAGAUAGAAGUCUCAAGUCAAGGUCAUUCCGGAAUUGGAGGCUCAGGUAGAGAUUUGGUCAACCGGCAGCCCAAGGGGUUCUGGGGCACUAUAUGGCGACAUUUCAAGCGAUACUGGCUGUGCUACGGACUUUUGGGAUUCGUCUUUCUUGCAGUGUUUCUGCCGGUCUUUUUUGUGGUCAUCUUUCCCGCCAUAGCACAAAGAUUGGUCGAUGAUGCAGGUAUUCCGAUUCACUCGGCUCAGAUCCUAAAACCUACACCUGACGGAAUUGUUUUUUCUCUGUCGGCAACUUUGGAUGUGCCACUAGGACUGAGCGUUCAGAUCGACCCUUUCAAUCUGAGCCUUUUCAACCGUGAUAUAGCGCCCCGGAUUCCGUAUAUAUCUGUGGAACUGCCAGCAUUUCACCUGAAAGGCAAAUCUGAAAUCACUAUAACCAAUCAGACCACUAAAAUCCUGGAUAUGGAGCAGUUUACCGAGUUCCUUUCUGUGGCAGUUUAUUCAAAAAGUUUCACGUUGUCGGCUUACGGGAAGACGACUGCGCAUCUAGGUGCACUGCAUGCACCGUUGACUCUAGAUAAGGACGUUACGCUUAAUGGACUGGAUAUGCUAAGCGGCUUCGCUAUUAAUUCUGCUAGCCUGCAACUGCCUCCCGAAUCAGACGGCUCAAAUCUUAUUGGAACUGCCACGCUGCCAAACUAUUCAGUGGUCACGUUUGCACUCGGCAAUGUUACUCUGAAUUUAAAGGUUGACGACCUAGUACUUGGAAACGGCAUCAUUGAGAACGUGGAAUUGGCCCCGGGCAACAACACAGUACCCUUGCGCGGCACACUAGAUAUCAGUACUGCUAUAGCGAAUAUCGGCAAACUCUUGAGUGCAGAAUCUAACGCGCUUUCGGACGGGAACCUAGAGCUUUCGGCCUCAGGCAAUUCGACAAUCUACAAUGGAGUCCACAUUCCAUAUUUUGAGGAGGUCUUGAACAAUCUCACCAUCAGCGCAGAUGUACCCGUUCUGCAGGUUUUGUUCGGUACGCUGGCCGGCCUAAUUUCUUCAAACUCGGGGAUCCUCUCGAACAUUACGAGCAUACUUCGAAAUACAAACUUGUCAUAUGGGCCUAACAUGUAA